AUGGCUCCUCGUCCGCGAGUCAGGUCCAGUAGCAGAAAGGACUCGCCUCUUUCGCCCCCCAAGCCCCCUUCGAUCAGCGUCGUCAUCGACGCGCCACCAAAUCAUAACAAACGACGGACGCGUUCAUCCAGCCAAGAAGUCGCAGCAGCGCAACAGCAACCGCAAGAUCUUGAGCAGGCACUGCCCACUGUCGCCGAAGAGGACGCGGUAUCGGAGCAGGCCGAAGAUCUCGACAGCAGCCCGUCUGUCUCAUUCGAGGAGAGCUUGACAGGGUCAUCCUGGGAGAGUCUUUUAGAUGCCCUGGACCGAGACGCCAUCAUCGACAAUCUGGUCAAAUUGCGCAAUGAUUCCGACGGAGUUUUUUCAAUGUUUGAGGGUGGUGACGACAGAGUGAGGGACAUCUGUGCGAAGCUGCUGCAACUCAACCCUUUACUCUGCCGGAAAUUGACGCGCCGGGAGGAACAGCUCCUGGCCACGAUGGAAGUCUAUGGGGGCAAUCCGGGCUUUAUCGUCCCAGGGAUUGUCACUCGCAAAAUUGUUGGUGAUGGCGAACUGCACGAGAUCAACAACGGCCCGUGGCGCCCCGACAGUGUUCUCUAUUUGGCAAAUCUUGCCUUGCAGCUGGCCAAGGUACUUCACCGCUCAACAGAAGAGCGUCACACGUACCUCGAGUUCAUGUUCAACAACUUCCCAGAACCGUUUCAUGAUCUUGACGCAUUUCCUGUCUCGGCUGACAUGGUAAAGGGUACUCUCCUUUUUCACACUGAGAUUCUCACUCAGUUCUAUAUCCGACAAGUCGAGAUCAAGCAUCAUGAAGCCGGGUUUGAUCCUGACGCAUUACUUGGAGCUGUCUUCUACGAUGAACGCAAUAAGAUAAAGGGAUCGGCAGACAACGUGACGUACGCCAAAGCAUUAUCACGGAUGUCUUCCAUCAGAUCCCAUAUCAACAUGCCAAAACACCCGUGGCUCAACGUGGAAGCCUUGAGACAACAAUUUCCUUGGUCAGAUUUUGUUGUACAAGCAGUCAGGUGGAGCCUAGCCUACAAAAAGGAGCUAGACGGAAUAAUCAAAUCCAGAGGGGGAGUAGAGGAGCUCGUCGAUCUGCUUCUCGCUGAAGAUCUCCAAGAUGAAGCAGCUCUCUCAAACAGACUUACUCCAGAUUCCGAGAUAGCAAGCUUUGCGUCUAGAAAGCAGGAAUCUGCCACAGCCGACACCCAAACAGAGCAAGUUCAGAAUGCCAAUAACAAGUCUCCACUCCCGGCGGAGAAGGGAACGACCGGGAGUUUAUUGGGGAAAGCCAUGAAAGCAAACAUAAACAGACUCAAGGCCAUCAAAGUCCAGCAUUCAGCACGCACGUCCGGUGCUAAAAUCGAACACAUUGCUGCUCCCAGUCCGCCAGAACCAGAGCAUGAAAUUCCACGGUCGCCAUCGCCGGUUGUGGAUGAGACUCAACCAUCAGCUGCCAAUAGAGGCGACAGCCAACCACAGAGUCUUCCUCCAGCCGCUGCAUCUGACGAAGAGAUUGUCCCAACCCAGCAAACAAACAUAGUCCUGGAGACUGUCCGCCGACAAAACGAACAGAGCGACAAGGAGAAUAGGCAUCAACCCGUUAAGAAGCCUUCAUUGCUCGACCGCCAAAAGGGGGCAGAAAGGGUGGAAUGGGAGGAACCCUCUGAUGACAAUGAUACCCCCAGUCCGCCGCCCCAGGCCCUGAAGCGUCGACUGCCUCGAACGUUCGAGGAUGAUGGCGGCCAUGACGAGUUCGAGACAGACCAAAGAACAAUAAAGAGAGCUCGUGCUAGUGCCGAGUUCAACAGACAACCCCCCUUGAUGACGCGCCCUAGCAUUCCAGCGGAAGGGGAAGAUGCCACAACUACCCAAAACAAGGAUGUUCGUCUCUCUGAGAAAUCUCGCACGGUUGCAUUUGCAACUCCAGACCAGCCUUCAAGACCCGCUCGAACGACUCCUUCGAAGUCGCCAGAUGCCGUGCAGCGCACGUUGUCCUCCGGAUCUUCACAGCCCACACGAUCCACUACUCAGAGAUCGCCAUCAGGCCGAGCACUUCUUGAAUCUAUCCCAGCGGCCAAACGAAAACCACCACCUUCGAGCGCCCCCGCUCGAAGUCAUCCUGAGAGUGCCCGGGUAUCUAUGCCACCGUCAACGGCGCCACCCGUGUUCGACAUUGAUGACGUGAAUCGCAAAGCUAGAGAAAGAGUGCGCAUGUCUCGGGAGUUGUUGCCGGAUCCACAACGCGGUCAAGUUCGUAUACCAUAUACAAACGACGAGGUCGAAAGAUUGAUGGAGCUGAUCGCGUUGUACGGGACGCAGUGGGUGAGGAUCUUGGAAAAGGACAGGACGCACGAGAAGGGGCCGGUGCUGCUCGGAAGGACCCAGGUGCAGCUGAAGGACAAGGCGCGGAACAUGAAGUUGGUUUUUCUCAAAGCCGGUCACCGCUUACCUCCCGGAUUCGAGCUCGUAAGUGUCGGCCAGCGACAAAUCAACGAGCUCCGGAAACUAGGUAUCGACUACAUUGAAGGUCAGAGCGGAGCUCGCUAUACCGCACCGCGGGACGACGCUGAUCCUGAAGAUGACGAUGACCUUGGGGAUUAG